CAGAUCGACAGAACAAGGAGCUGAACAACAUCCACAUGCAUAUUUCCGUUGAAGGCUAUCUGUCAUAUUGAGAUCAACCCCUGAUAAAUUCAAAGAUGGCACCUAGUACAAGACCUCAAAAGAGGGCUAAAAGCUCCUCCAACAAUGAAUCUAGCUCUGUGUCAACACGUUCUCGGGUGAAUCCAUUGGAUAAUGCACACGUGACUGAUCAAAGGAUUGGAAGAGCUAUAACAUCAGUUAGCAACCAUCUCUUAGACUGGAACCAAAUUAGGGAUCCACAAGAAUCCACACCCUGUCUAAGCAAUUCACCUAUGGCAACUCAAUUUUCUCGGUUGAGCAAUGAUAUUACUGAUGGCAAUUCUGCUACCCAUAACUAUGAUGGGGUCAGUGAAACUACUAGACAAUUUGGUAUGGUUGUUUCACUGCAAGCUAAAGAUGCACCAACUAGCUCUAAAAAAUGUAAACAGACUAUGGGACAUGGACUUGAGAAGUAUGUACAGAGGACAGGUCACAAAAUGCACAUCUCUUUCACUGAUGGUAAGCGAAGACCACAGGAUCCAACCCAAGCUUCAAAGCUAGCAUCGGAAUGCGGAAUUUACAUUAGAAACCAUCUGCGUGUUGCAACACAUUGGAAGAUGUACAAGACAAAUGACUACAAGAAAGCCAUCCCAGCUGCUAUCACUUCUAUAGCGGGAAAGUUUCACAUGAAUGCAAAUGAUGAAGUGGCUCGGGCAACAUGCACUAAUAUUAUUAAGGAUGGUAUCUGGCAACAGCGGUAUAGGCUUAAGAGCAAAUAUUUUAAUAAUGUUCCUAUUAGUGAAGUGCUUUCAAAAGGCCCACCACCACGUGUCAGUCCGGAAGAUUGGGCAAAACUUGUAGAGAAAUGGACUGAUCCAAAGCACAAGGAAACUUGUGAAAAGAAUAAAAUUAAUCGAGAACAGGUUAAAUUUCACCAAACUACAGGUUCUAGGAGUUAUGUUUGUGCAAUCCAUUCUAUGAAGGUGAAUAACAAUGAUCAAGAACCAGAUGCUAUUGACUUUUAGAAAGAGAACCAUUUCAGCAAGAAGAAAGGUUCCAUGAGUGAUGAUGCACAGGAAGCCUAUAAUGCUAUGGUGAGUAAAAGAGAACAAAAUCAAGAGGAAGGUGGACACGCGAAACUUGACGAGGAAAUUGUUGCUGAAGUUUUGUCCGAAAGAAACACAUCAAGCACAUUUCUAGUAAAUAUGGGUUUCCCCAAUAAAAAAUCUGGCAAUACUACUUCAUAUAUGCAGGUGCAAGAGCUGCGUGAUCAGCUAAGAGUAGAGAAAGAGGAUAAUGCAAGGAAGCAGCAUCAACUUACUGAACAGCUUGAAUCUCAGCAACAAGAAAUUACUGAAUUGAAAAGGAAGCAUCAGGAAGAGAUGGACAACUUGAAGAAGAGCCAAGAUGAGAAAAUGGAUGGUCUUCGGAAGAAACAAGAUGAAAUGGAGGCUAUGUUCCGAUUUUUCAUAAGACAACAGCAGACCCAAUCAUCAAUGGAUCAAGGAACAUCAAAGUAGUUUGUUAGGGGAAGAUUUUUUGGGUAUGAUACUUUUAAGUGGUAGAAAUGACUUUUGUGUUUUGGUGGCAUGACGUUGAACUGUAGUUAUUCUGAUUUAGAUGGUCUAACUUAGCUGUGUGGUAUCUCUUUUGUAUAUGUCAGUAGGAUGCUUAUCUUACGGUGAAACACUGAAUGGUAUCUUUUAUGCUAUGUUAUAGACAUAUUGAAUGAAAUAUAUGAAUUCC